CUCAGAAUGAAGCUGGCACUGCUCCUGAUCCUCUGCUGUUGCCUCAUCGGCAUGGCCCUUGGUGACGCGGUUGUGGUGACCAAGCCUCCGUUCAUUCGCAGUCGCUACAGCUUGCGUUGGAAGAAGACGACCUCUGUGGCGCCGGAGGUGGUCACUGCUUCCGGUGGAGCCAUCGUUCACACAGUCACCACCACCGACCAUCCCAAGCUGGCCACCUCCACGGCCAGUUCGGACUACGACUACUACGGCAAUGGGGAGACGGAGAAUGUGGUGCACAAGUAA